AACGAUGUGGAGUCGAUAAAGAAAACUAAAGAUGCCGUAAAGGUGCUCAAAGCAGUUCGGGCGUGGCCUGAUAUACAAAAAGUUUACAACUCCCAGCGCUUCAGAGCUGGAAAGGGCAAAAUGAGGAAUCGACGUCGUAUUCAGAAACGCGUUCCGAUUGUUAUUUACAAAAAAGAUGACAGAAUAACUCGUGCAUUCAGAAAUAUUCCAGGUGUGACUUUGAUUAAUGUCAGAGCUCUGAAUCUGUUGAAGCUUGCUCCAGGUGGUCAUAUGGGGCGUUUGGCCAUUUGGACCGAUGGGGCGUUUAGACAGUUGGACAAAAUCUAUGGCACUUGGAAGACAGGAAGUGUUAAGAAGAAUGGUUUCCACUUACCAAUGGCAAAAAUGACCAACUCGAACCUUGGCAGGCUUCUACAUUGCCGAGAGAUCUCCUCGGUUGUAAGGUCUGGACGUAUGCAUUUGCAGCGUCCAGCUCCGAAGGCUAAGAAGAAUCCACUUAAGAAUCAGCAGGUCUUGUUAAAAAUGAAUCCUUUCGUAUUGGGAGAGAAACACUUUAAUAUGGCUCUUCAGCGUGCCCUGAUAAACGGGAAGCUCAAGCAUAAAGCUGCCAAUAAAGAAAGCGAAGUUCCUGCGAAAGUAGCUAAGAGUAAAAGAAGUGAAAUAAUAUUCUAA